UACCCCUACAGAUACUACUGUAUACAGCAGCAAACAUGAUAAUUCAGCAGCCUCAGUUCAGUCCUGUGGUGGCAGUGAGCUCAAACCAGUGGAGCACGGGAAUCUGUGGAUGCUUUGAUGAAUGUGAUGUCUGCUGCUUUGCCACAUGGUUACCCUGCUGCUUUAUUUGUUCCACAGCAUCAGAUUUUGGGGAGUUUUGCUGUCUGCCCCUGAUUGACUUUUUUUCCUGCACUCCUCCGGUAUCUUUGGCACUGCGGACUACUGUGAGAAAUCGAUAUGGCAUACAGGGGGGGCUGGGAUCUGACUGCAUGUAUGUGACCUUCUGCAACAUUUGCUCCUGGUGCCAAAUUGCGAGGGAAGUGAAAAGACGACGUGCAACUCCUAUGGUGGUUAAUGCUCAGCCUGCGGUCUUAGCCAUUCCCCCAGUGGUGGUUUCCCCCCCUCGACCUGUUGUGACGACCCAGGUAACAACAGUGGUUAACUGAUGAUGUCAUCAGACUAAUCCACUGUGGAAAUUGGUGGAUGAAGUGAUUUUGGAUAUUGACUCUGGAGACAGUUUACCAUAUAUCAUAAUUUACUUAAAUACAUAUUUGUAUGUACAACUACAUAUUCUCUAUAGUCAUUUCAUUUUUAAUUUUUAAGAAAAAUUGCUGUUUGGUCAGGACCAAAGGCGGCAAAAUAUGAGAAAUCUUUAUGGUGCGAUUCUCAGUGAGCUCCAAAUAUAACAUUAAUAUUCCCAGAGGCAGAAUGUUUUUGUACCAGGUAAUAUGAACUAUAGAAAGUAACAGAGGAAAGAGGAAACUGUGGCUCUGUGAUAAAGUCCAUGAAGUGAGUCAUAGCCUGGAGUCAUAGUCACCAAUUACACCUGCCUUUGUUUCAUUUGGCAGCUUGCCUCCUCUUUUAUACUUCUCACCACAGCAAACAAGCCUGAAUGCUUGAGAUGUUUCCAAGAUAGUUCAUAUACGAGCUGUUUGUAUUGUGUCUUAAUUAGAUGAUUUUGUAGGUUUUUUUGCUUGUUGGACUGUUUAAGAUUUCUUCAUCUUUCUAAGUUGAAGACAUUUGUUGAUUUCUUGAUUCUGAAAAUAAG